UCAUUGAAUGAAUGGCGAAGUCUGCUUGCGGUCGGGUUGGGGGUGCGCCUCUCGCUUUGAUUUGAUAAUUUGUAUUGAAAAACCUUGAACGAUGUGUAUACGGUAGUAAAAUGUGUCGAUCGUAAUUGUCAGUACACGUAUUCAUGAAAAAAGUGAUAAUUGUGCGUUCUGCGAAUCCUAAUACGACAGCAAAUAUGAGUCUCCCUCGCGCUGAGACUGUCUUGCCGACGGCUCACCUACGAGUGAUCCUUCCGAGUUCAAUAGACAACAAUAUGCCGCCACCAUUCCUUGAUAUCAAUAACACAGAUAUCCCGCCCCCACAAGCUGAUUUCUCCGCACCACCGCCAUAUGAUGUCGCAGCUAAUUCCAAGCUGCCCACUUAUGAAGAAGUGCAACGGGAGAAACAGAUGGAAGGAGAGGGCCCUCCACAGCUGCAAGGUCCGCCGCCGCACCACCCCACUUUCGCGGCGUUCGUGACUGUGGAGCCGACUGAGGGCAGCGCCGAGCCCCUCGACCCUGAGAACAGCCUGCUCGGAACCGACAUCAUGUUCCUCACUUCAUUCUUCGUGGCAUUCCUGUUCAACUGGAUAGGGUUUCUGUUGCUGAUGUGCUUCUGCCACACGGUGGCGAGCCGCUACGGCGCGCUGGCGGGGUUCGGCUUGUCCCUGGCCAAGUGGACGCUCAUCGUCAAGCAUUCCACCGAGCUCGCUUCACAUGAGAACUCGUGGCUGUGGUGGCUCAUCAUGGCUUUCGGCAUCCUAAUCUGCGUACGCGCUAUAAUCCAGUACCUGAACAUCAAGCGCGGGUGGCGUCUGCUCUCCGGCACGGCACAAGAGCGACUACUCUUCUUCUACUAAACUAGCUUCGUCUCACUCCCACACGUCAUCUCAUGCAUGGUUGUGCGACAAGGAUGGAUAGUUUCUAUAGACGGCUUUGAGUUUUGCCUCGUGGCACUGUCACACGCAUCGUCACUUACAUGGUUGGGUGACAAGGAUUGAGUUUUGAGUAUUGUCUCACUCUCGCACGUAACAGACUCAUGUAUGGUUGUGCGACAAGGACGGAUGUAUGUUUGUAUAGACGGCUUUAAGUUGUGUUUUGUCUUACUCCCACACUAUUAAAUUCAUGCAUGGUUGUGCGACAAGAGCGGAUAUGCAGUCGGCUUUAAAUAGAGUUUUGAGGUGUUUAUGGUGGCUGUUGAUUGAUUGUAGUCUGAAGAUAUCUAGAAUAUCUUGGAACCUUCGAAGAAAUCACAGGGAACCGAACCUCUACUGUUACAGUCAGCUUGUCGUCAGACUUAAUUACUUAAAGGCAGGCCAUGGAAGCGAUUAAGGUAUAAGUUUAUGCUACCGGUAUGAAAUUGUGGUACGGAUUUGAAUAUCCAAUAAAAAAAUCGGUAUCGUAAUUUCAUACUGGAUAAGGCAUUAUAAGGUAUAAGGUUACGAUAGAUAGAUAGAUAAUAUUUUAUUUGCUCAUAAUAAGAGUGUUUCAUUACAUUUUUAUCAAGCCAUAAUGAAUAUGAAAAUGUAUUUAUGGCGUGCAAAAUCAAAAAUCAUGUCAACAUUAUUAAAACAUUAUAAAUAAAACAACAAUAAAAAACAAAUAAGAAAAAUAAAAAAUAAAACAAACAAAACAUUAUUUGAUUAUCGAAUGAGGAGCUCGGUGGUGCAGCGGUAAACGCGCUCGGUCUGCGAUUGUUGAAGUUAAGCAACUUUCGCAAAGGCCAGUCAUAGGAUGGGUGUCCACAAAAAAAAAAGUUUUCUUCUCGAGCUCCUCCGUGCUUCGGAAGACACGUUAAGCCGUUGGUCCCGGCUGCAUUAGCAGUCGUUAAUAACCACCAAUCGGCACUGGGCCCGCGUGGUGGUUUAAGGCCCGAUCUCCCUAUCCAUCCAUAGGGAAGGCCUGUGCCCCAGCAGUGGGGACGUUAAUGGGCUGGCGAUGAUGAUGAUUAUCAAAUAGGAUAUCGGUACCGUUAUUUCAUACCGGUAGCGUAACUUUAUACCUUAACCGCUUUCAAGCCUAGCUUAGAAGUACGACUUAUAUUUAGGGAUCCCGCUUCCGUUACAUUUAUUUGCGUUUAAAAAGACAUUAGCGUUGAUUUAUGUAGGUAAAAUACUAAAGGGGUGGACAGAGCUAUAUCAGAAGAUACCUUGCUUGCAGCCAUUUUACAUUUUUGAUACGAAGUCCUAAGAUGAAUGUAUAAUGUAGUGUUGGUGAUAGAUGAUCAUUGAUCAGACUUUCCAUAUAAUGGUCCAUCAUUUUAAAAAGGACGUAAAUAUCUACAGAUCUAAGAAAUUAAUAUUUAUUUAUAAAGUUAUUUUAUACGGAACAGGUAUGUUAUGAACUAUAAAAAGAAUCAGUUGUAUUUUAAUACAAAAAUAUAGUUUAAAUGGGGUUAAAAAGCCACAUUGCUAAUUGACAUUUUGUUGACAUUGCGCACUGUUUUUUUAUAUGCGCAAAGUGCUUUUUUAGACCUCCAGAUUUGUAAUGAAUUAUUUACUACCCAAGGCAUAAUUGUAUGCAGUAUCUAUUAAAAUGGGCUCCGAUUUGUCUACUUUAUAUUAAUAGGUCCCUACUUAUGUAUAUUGUAAAAAUAUAGUUAUUGAUAUCUACCUAAAAUUAUUUUAGUUAUUUAUAUUUCUGUCGAGGUGCUUUAUUUUUUUUUAUAUUAUUAUAUUUUAGACUCGAAUUCGUGUGAUUGAGACGCAUUGUGUGUGUGUGCAUUCCAUUGUGGUUUUAUAAAUUACAUGUUAAAUUGGUUAAAAGCGCAAAUUUAUCAAAAUAUUAGAGUAAUAUUCCUUAAUUAAGAGCGAAAAACAACGCAGGCUUCGGCCGAUAAAACCAGUAUAUUCAUAGAAUAAAGAAUAGUACCACGUAUAGAAUGGUAAUUCUCCAUCCCGCACCAAUUCGUUUCGGGCGCCGACCUCACUCCCUCUGCGUCCGGUAAGGAGUAAAGGAGAGCGCGUUAGAAUGGUAAGAGUGAGAUUUUUGUAUGGAGUGUCCGGCGUGUGGUAUCUUGUCUACAUAGAUAAACGUCUUACCACUAUUGGUCGGAACCAGCGUUGCCAGAUUUUUUUUGCCAAGUCGGGAUUUUGUAACUUUUUAAAUGAAAAAAGCGGGAUUCUUUCGUCGAAAGCCGGACAUAGUGAAAAAAACGUAUAUAAUAAAAAGUUUUUGAAUAUUUAUCUUUUAAUUUGAGUUCAAAUUACGUUUACGUGACAAUAGAUAGCAAAAAUAUCUAUAGAAAAUGUAUUUUAAUAAAAAUAUGAUAUUUUCAAUCAGAUUUACCCUACCGCCGGCCAGACGGCCAGUCCACACUUAUCUGUGCCAUCCGCCCGCGCUUUCUCAGUACGUUGCACGCACGGUCGAGUUAUUCCCGAAAAGCGGGACUGAGCCUGUUCUGUGCGUGACAUUAAAAUUUUGAUUUAAAAAUCGGGACGUCUGGCAACGCUGGUCGGAACUUAUAUUUAUCGCAUCAGAAUGCGCGUGUUAUGUCGCAGUUGUUUCUGGCCUUGAAAUUACGAAUCAUUACAAUUUUAUAAACAGAAUGGGUUUAAGCAAAAUAACUUGUUUUUUAGCCACAUUAUAUGUCUGUUAAUCUUGUAAACAUAAGAUCACCCCAUCCACACAAUGAUAUUAUUACAUUACCUUCGCCAUAUAGAGAAAAUCAUGUAAGCCUACCUUUGACAAUUUUCUUUAAAAAAAAACCCUUAAUUAUAUCGCCACGUAUACUACACUAGUAAGAUAUUCAUCCAAGAAAGCAAUGUUGCAAUUUGACAUUUGCGCAUAUAAAGUAAGUGCGCAAUACAAACAAAUGUCAAAUAGCACUAUUGCUUUCUUAGAUGAAUUGCUUCGAUGUGGCCAUUUUAAACCCCCUAAUGAUUUUCCAAAAUGGCGCCGCUUACGUGUUUUUCACUAUAGUGCGACGUUAUAUCAUCCACAUAAUUUACAAAUAAUAAAUAAUCAAUGUACCCAUUCUUUCGAUCUCGUGGCCUGAUUCUGUGAUUAAAUAAUAUAUUUCUCUUAAUGAACUUUCAUAAUUAAAUAAAGACAAGUAGAGUGUUUUAAGACAAAGCUUUUACCAACAUUUGCACCAAAAAUGUAUCGUGUCCUUAAUGUAAUUGUUAAUAUUAUUAUUAUUUUUAGUGCAAUAAUUUCUAGUUCAGGUUUUUAGUGAAAGAAGAUGAGUUAAGCUCAAUCCACACAGAGGCUGUACCGGCAAGUUUCUAGGGUGUGAUUUUUUUUAUUAGAGAUACGAUGAAUAUUCGGUAUACUCGGUUUUGAUGCCAUAUAAUUGAAUUAUAUUCCAUAUAACGUUACUUAAAUCAUUUGACAAAGAUGUAAAGGCCUGAGUUUAUUUGAUUUUCAAGCCAAAUAAGAUAGAAAAUAAAGCUUUUUAAAGAAAUUGCCAACGCAAUGUUUGUAUAUUAAAGUUAUUAAUUGAACUGAUUUCUUUUUAGAAAACAAGAUAAACUAAUGACAACUCACAGUUGUCAACUGACAGUUGUCUUUGAUUACUUGUGGCUCUGCCCACCCCAUUAGGGAUUACGGGCGUGAGUUUAUGUAUGUAUGUAUAAACUAAUGAAUUUCUUGUAACUUCGCCCUUAUGAUUGUUACAUUAAUAAUAGUCCAACAAUUGUUUGUAUGUUUACUUCCUCGGGUGGUUUUAGUAAAACUAGGCUCUUUUUGAGGAUUUACCAUGGACGUAGCACAAAACCGAAUAGUUCGGCCCGAACUAUUCGGUUUUCAAUUCUGUAUCCGGCGCAUCUUUAUUUUUUUUAUUCAUCAUCGUAUCUCUAAAGCGAUGUCUCGUUUUCACGGGGUCCGCUUACUUGAAGAUUUGAUAGGUUCAUUUACAAAAUCAAAACCCAAAAAAAAAAUUCGCCCCGGAAAACUACCGGUACCGCUUCUGUGUGCGUUGAGCUCUAUAAAUAUAUUUUACUGUCUACUGUUACAUCUAGUUGUAACUUAUUAAGUAAAGUUUAAAGUAAAUGUAUAGCGCUAUUGGUACUGAUUUCAGUACACACUAUCUAAAUUUAAUUUAAGUUAUACCUGUCAUUUUCUUAUCCGCCGUAAAGGAAAGGGACGAGUAAUCGACAGAUUUUAAAUUCACGGAAAACACGUAAAUUUUAGACGGAAAUUUAUUUUAGAUUGGCCUAUAACCCGGUAGAAUUAAGAUGACAGCACACGUCAAACGGGAUACAUAUCAGUGAGAUACGUAUUUGAUUUAAUUUAUUACUUUUUAAAUAAACAGCUGUCAAUCCGUCCCUUUCGUUUUCGGUGGAUAACAAAAUGGCAGGUGUAACUUAAAAUAAAAUUAGGAGGUGUGUGCAGGAUUCAGGGCCAUACAGUGCUUAUUACUUAAUAUCGUAGUUUACGCUUCAAUGGUUAAAAUGAACAAUAUUUUUGUCAAAUUUACGAAUUACUCAUAGCUUAUAAAGCUCACAUAUGACUAGGCAUGAUAUAUUUAUAUACAAAACGUUUGCUACGCUGUAAUAUAAUUAUACAUAUACUUAUGACUUUAAUACUGUGAAGUAAUUAAUUAUUUGGUUGCAUUUUUAUAUAAAAGUUUUAUUUCGUAGUUAUGAAAAGUUUAUAUUUUUAAAUUGCAUACUUAUUAAAAUAUGUUGUUUUCUAACGCAAUAUCUAACAGUAAAUUUUGUACAUGCCCGUGAUCUAAUAAGUUGCGCAGAGGCAAAGGUAAUCAGAAGACCCUUGCUAUAAUGUGCUAAAAUGGACUCUGUCUAAUGAAAAUAGCUUUUCUACAAUAUUUUUAAGAUAAGUGAGGCGUGUCUAGUCAUAUCUGAGUCUACACGUUAUAUAGAAAUAUAAAACAUGGUUUAAUCUGUCAAUUUGUUUUACAUGUCUGUAGCAUAGGACAAUUUGCAAUACUUUGUUUUGUAACUGGAUCGUAUUUUGAAAAGAAUAA